AUGUUGCCCUGUUGGGCUUGGCCCUCGUCCUUCGUCCACCGCCUGCGCGACCCGCUUCCGGGCGCUCCUUCAGACGUCCUCCGACACGAGCCAACGCAUCGCUGGCGGCUUGUCGACAACGGUCCUGCUGUGAGGUUGCUGAUCGCUCCUGUCGCUGCAGCUUGCUUCCCAUCCAUCGUUAACACCACCGUCUCCAUCAUGGCUGCGGCCUUCGCCAGUACCAACAUCCAGAUCCCAGAGCUCGAGCAGCUCAAGCGGAAUUUUUGGAAUACCUACGCACACCUCCCCGAGCAGCAGCGCCUGGAGCUUUGGUCACAAUGCGCGUCCAUGCCCACCGGCAAUGCCGCCAACGCGGUCGCUCAGCCGUCGCUGGCACACCAAACACCACGAUCAAUGUCCUACUCGACGUUCGACAUGACGCAACUACCAACCUCCGACUCCGGUUCCAUGGAUCGCGUCCGGUCUGCUCCCGCCGCGGUCGCCAUGGGACGCUCGAUAUCCUCCACAGGCACAACCAGCCAGCUGCAGCGAUGCAGCUCGUCGUUGUCAAAUCCAUGCGACGAGCUGUCCACCGACUACACCUUCUCCUCAGGAUCCGCCUCGGUCCGAAGACAGUCUUCGCUGCAACCCAUCGUCGAGACCUCGCCCUUCAGCAAUGAGGGCAUGGUUGAGUACACCCCCGAACAAUACAUCACGACCUGCAUCGAGCCCUCCGGCUCUCCUUCUCUCUCCCUCUCCCAACCCCAGAACCCCCGACAAUUGCACGUGCAGCUGACACCAACCGCACAGUGGAGUCCGUCGCUCGACGACUCUACCUCACCCAGCACACCCUCCACUGCUCUGAUGACGCCUGUUACUCAAGCGGGUAACACGAUGAGUCGUCAGUGCAGCCUCAACCCUUUCUUUGAUGACGUUUCAAUGUUGCGUGUUCAGUCUGAUGCUUCUAGUUUUUUUACUGUCCUCUCUGAGGAUGGUGCCUUUUCUUUUCUUUCUGAUGUUGAUGAGAAGAGUAUCAGCAAUUGCGUUGAUAAUCCUCCUUUCCUUAAUUUCACUGGGCCUCCCAGUGAAAGUUUCCUUUGCCCUGCCCCUGUCUCUGCAAGUGUGUCUGCACUUGCUUCUUCCGAGCACAAGAACAUGCGGGACCUGGCGGAGGAUAUGCGGAGGUCCGCUUCAGCUUCUAGCGAGAGUGAUGCGAGCAACGCCUCAGCGUCCUCGACAAGCACUCGCCAGUCACGACGCGAACGCGAGAUUGCUGCGCAAGCAUCUCGCAAGAUUGCCCCGAAGGCAGUCGCAAGCAACGACGAGACCAAGUCUGCAUCAUCUAAUGUUUCGAUGGUGCGGAUACGGUCUGAGGACGGUUCGUCCAAGAAUGUUGGUGUCAUCAGUAAAGCUCCGUAUGUGCGGCCUCAGCACCCGAAAAUCAUGUGCCCGCACUGCAACGAACGGCGCGAGGGCUUUCGUGGCACACAUGAGCUCGAACGACACGUGCAGCGUGCCCAUGUCGCCGUUAGAAAAGGCUACAUCUGCAUCGACGCCUCGCCUGACAAGAAGUUCCUCGCCAACUGCAAGCAUUGUCGCAACAAGAAGACCUACGGCGCGUACUACAACGCUGCUGCUCAUCUUCGACGCGCCCACUUCCAUCCUCGCAAGCGAGGCCGAAAGGGCAAGCACGACGAGAAGCGUGGGGGUAUCGGUGGUGGUGAUGACCCGCCCAUGGACUACCUCAAGCAGAAUUGGAUUCGCGAGGUUGAGGUGCAAAACAAGCAGAUCAUCGGGCAGUCACCUGACAGCGCUUCGGAAGGCGCUGAGCCCAGCUUUGAUGCGACCCAUGACGUCGACUCUGCCUACUCCAGCCAGUCUUCCCUGCCUCAACCCCCGACGACCGAUGUGUCCAUGUCGAUCGACACCACCAACCAGUACAUCGACUACAGCAUGUGCAUGACUGAGAGUGAACCCAUGUACGACCCGAGAAUAGUGUACACGAACGAGCCGAACAACACGUCGACAGGUGAUAUCAGCAACUUCCAGUUCGAUGCGUAUAUGGCUUAG